AUGGAGCGCUUCCGCAACAUGCUCCAGUCCCAAGGCCUCGGUGGCCUGGGCAGCCAGCCCGGAACGGACAACACACAGCUCAUCGACAACUCCGAGACCGUCUACAUCUCUUCCCUCGCCCUCCUCAAGAUGUUGCGACACGGCCGCGCUGGUGUUCCCAUGGAAGUCAUGGGUCUGAUGCUGGGAGAGUUCGUCGACGACUUCACGGUGCGCGUGGUGGAUGUCUUUGCCAUGCCUCAGAGCGGUACCGGUGUUAGUGUAGAGGCCGUCGACCCUGUCUUCCAAAUGAAGAUGAUGGACAUGUUGAGACAAACCGGAAGACCCGAAGCCGUCGUCGGCUGGUACCACUCCCAUCCUGGUUUCGGAUGCUGGCUUUCCUCCGUCGAUAUCAACACCCAGCAGUCUUUCGAGCAGCUAACCCCUCGCGCCGUCGCCGUCGUCGUCGACCCCAUCCAAUCCGUCAAGGGCAAGGUCGUCAUUGACGCCUUCCGCCUCAUCAACCCCCAGUCGCUCAUGCUUGGUCAAGAGCCUCGUCAGAGCACAAGUAACUUGGGACACCUCAACAAGCCCUCAAUCCAGGCUCUGAUUCACGGCCUUAACCGACACUACUACUCGAUUGGCAUCAACUACCGGAAGACGGCACUGGAGGAGAACAUGUUGAUGAACCUGCACAAGCACGUCUGGACCGAGGCGUUGGAGAUGAACGACUUCAGGGCCGAGGCAGACUGCAACAAGGAGCGUCUGGAGCGUCUCGUCAGCCUGGCUGAGGGCUACGAGAAGCGCGUCAAGGAGGAGACGGAGCUCACCAAGGACCAGCUCAAGACCCGCUACGUCGGCAAGCUUGACCCCAAGAAGCAUUUGGAGGACGUCGGCCAGCAGUUGAUCGAGGACAACAUCGUUUCUGUGUCGAGACAGAUGAUCGACAAGGAGGCGACGAUGCCCAAAAAGGACGGUGCCAAGGGCCAAUCAAACGGCGAUUCGAUGGACGUGGAGGAGGAGUUGUGA